AGUGCAGCGACUAAACAACACUGUUCUUGUUUUACUUCCUGUCAUUUAAUUAUAUUUAAUGAUUUAAGGAAAAUUGUAUUUUUGUAUGCAGUUAACAUCACUGUUAUAUCGACGGAAUCCGUUUUAAGUCAAACAAACAAGCUUGAAUUAUUGAUGCUUUCAAAGUAAUCGGAAAUUUAGAUGUAAACUGUACUUGACGCAAUUCCAUUAUCUAAUAUCCAAAUGCGCCUGGAACUUAUAGUACAACUAAAUUUAUACUUUCAGCAUUGCUUGUAGUCUUUUUUAUUUUUUUAUUUUUUUUUAGUAUUUUUACCCAAAGCAUUAUGAAACCGUGCGUGUUUAUGUUGUCGAAAGUGAAAAUUUAGACAUUGGGGAGUUUCUAUGAAGGCAGCAAGUCCCAUCCAACAUGGCGGCGCAGCGCAUGACUACAAUGCAAAGCCAUCAGAGCUGGACAGAUGACCUGCCUCUGUGUCAGAUGUGUGGGGUCGGCACAGCACCCAACUGUGUGUACAGCCCAGAUGGUAAAGGAUCUCAGAGCCACCCCAUGGAAGAUGGACACCUCAGGUUGAG